AUCCUGCAACAUGCGUUCACAUGAUUUAAGUAUUAUAUUGUCUGUGGCUCAGUGAUACCUUAAACCCCCGGUGUUUGACAGGUGCUACAUGUUUAUCUAGGCGGGGAGAAUGGGUGCGUUACAGCGGUGCGUCUUGGGACGGCCGCGUCAUGUUGAGUUCUAGCUCUUCUACUGCACCAAACCAGGAGAGGAGAGCUUUCUAUAACGUCGCGUUUCUGCUGAUGCGGCAAACUGCAGUGCAGAGCAGAGCGGAGCCGGGAAGGGAAAUGGUUGUGUGCUUCUGCUCUCUCUCUCUCACACUGCCCCACUAACGUGUUCAGCUCAAACCUUCUCACUCAUACCAUGUUCAUUUCACGACCACGCCGCUGGAGAGCGCAGCCACGCGUGACGGUCAAAAGACCGAGUGGGAACUACUAGUCGGUGUUGCCGUCCGUUGGAGAGGAGCUCAAGUUAACGGCUUUUUAAAAUUUUUCUUUCGUAUUAUAUUAUAUUAUAUUCUCUCUAUUCCUCGUUCGUACCGUUUCUUCAGCAUGGUUUUAAAUUGCCUGUCAAGAGAUUUACGCUUCUUCCAAGGCGGUUCAGAGCCGUUCGGUACCUCAAGAAGGUCGCCCUAGUCGACAUUGGAAGCAAAUAACACCGGAAUAACGUGGCUGAUAUUAACGGUCGCUCCAGUCGACGUUAGAAGACAAUAACACGGGAAUAGCGUGGAUGAUAUUAACGGUCGCUCCAGUCGACGUUAGAAGCCAAUAACACGGGAAUAGCGUGAGUGAUAUUAACGGUCGCUCCAGUCGACGUUUAGAAGCCAAUAACACCGGAAUAACGUGGGUGAUAUUAACGGUCGCUCCAGUCGACGUUAGAAGCCAAUAACACGGGAAUAGCGUGGAUGAUAUUAACGGAGACAGUACAGUCUAUGAAUAUUUCACCGAAGCUCGUACUGUACAGUGCAGUAAAGUGAUAUCCGCUACCUUUAAAACAAAAAGCCGGGACUGUAAAGUUGUAGCCGUGGCUGGCGGGUGCACCACCACCAAACGGAAAUCCAGGUGGAAGACGAAGGAGAAGAAGAAGAAGGAGGAGCAGCAAUGGAGGACUACUCGGAGAGAGGAGCAAGGGAGCCUUAAGAGGAGCAGCGCUUGGCGAGCUAGCCCUCUGCCUGCCUGGCCCGGGUGAAUGCAAAGGGGAUUUCUAUCAGACAGAAGAGAGAGAGGGGAGAAAUCUGAGGCGCGCAGUGAGAGCUACUAGAUGCCUGCACCCACCGGGCUGAGCCGAGCAUCUCCUGCCGCAUAGCGCUGCGCUGAGCCCGGGCAACACCGCCAGGAUGACUGUGGUGGCCGGAGAUAACAUGGAUGAGACGUCCACCCUGCCGGGGCACCUGCAGGACACCUACCCACCAGACCACGAGGACCACGAGUGCUGCGAGAGGGUUGUCAUUAAUAUCUCAGGGCUGCGCUUCGAGACCCAGCUAAAGACACUCAGUCAGUUCCCCGAGACGUUACUAGGUAACCCCAAAAAGAGAAUGCGCUACUUCGACCCGCUUAGAAACGAGUACUUUUUUGACCGGAACCGACCGAGUUUUGACGCUAUUCUAUAUUACUACCAGUCCGGUGGGCGGUUGAGGAGGCCCGUUAACGUUCCUCUGGAUAUGUUCUCCGAGGAGAUCAAGUUCUACGAGCUCGGGGCAGAGGCCAUGGAGAAGUUUAGAGAAGACGAAGGUUUUAUUAGAGAAGAGGAAAAACCGUUACCAGAGAAAGAGUUUCAACGACAGGUCUGGUUGCUGUUUGAAUACCCGGAGAGUUCGGGACCCGCCAGAGGGAUAGCUAUAGUAUCGGUGAUGGUUAUCUUAAUUUCAAUAGUCAUAUUCUGUUUGGAGACGCUGCCAGAACUCAAAGAGGACCCCAGGGGUAGGAUGGAAACUGUAGGCAACGUGACAUUCUAUUAUAAACCAAAUAUUCUCACCGAUCCUUUCUUCAUAGUGGAGACCCUGUGUAUAAUCUGGUUCUCCUUUGAGUUGAUUGUGAGGUUCUUCGCCUGCCCUAGCAAGGCAGCUUUCUUUAAAAACAUGAUGAAUACUAUAGACAUAGUAGCUAUCAUACCCUACUUCAUCACGCUGGGCACCGAGCUGGCAGAGGACCAGGAGGGGAAGGAGAAACCAAGUGAGCAGGCCGCGUCUCUGGCCAUCCUCAGGGUCAUCCGGCUGGUCAGGGUGUUCAGGAUCUUCAAGCUGUCCAGACACUCCAAGGGGCUUCAGAUAUUAGGACAAACCCUCAAAGCCAGUAUGAGAGAGUUGGGGUUGCUCAUUUUCUUCCUCUUCAUCGGAGUCAUCCUCUUCUCUAGCGCUGUCUAUUUCGCCGAGGCGGAGGAGAAGGAAUCUUUCUUCACAAGCAUCCCCGACGCCUUCUGGUGGGCCGUGGUCUCCAUGACAACAGUGGGCUACGGGGACAUGUACCCGGUGACCAUCGGCGGAAAGAUAGUGGGCUCGCUCUGCGCCAUCGCCGGGGUGCUGACCAUCGCGCUGCCGGUGCCUGUGAUCGUGUCCAACUUUAACUAUUUCUAUCACCGGGAGACGGAGGGAGAGGAGCAGGCGCAGCUUCUUAACGUCAGCAACCAGGACCUUAACUCAGACAGCAACUCAUCGCGCCGCAGCUCCAACUCUAUCGCCAGCAAGUCAGAAUACAUGGAAAUAGACGAAGGGAUCAACAAUAGCAUUGAUAACUUUAGGGACGCGAAUCUCAGAACUGCUAACUGUACGCCUGUCCUCAACCAGAACUGCGUGAAUAAGGGCAAGCUGCUGACUGACGUCUAGAAAUAUAUACAUUAAUUCUAUAUGGCAGCGAUAGACAUCAUGGGGAUAUGAGGACACACCGUUCGUUGUAGAUAUUGUAGAAACGUUUCGGGAAAUGCUUGAUUUAACUUCGUUAAUAAUGCGUUUUUUUUUUGCAUUUGCGUUAAUUACAUUUGAAUGAAUAGAGAGAAAACUGUUUCACCAAAAGAGGAUUAAAAAAAAAUAAAAAAGGUUUGUUUGACUCUCAAAAUGGGAAUGAUAAAAGUAUUAUAGUAACAUAUUAUCUUUAUGUUCCUAACGUUAUCGGAGAUAUUCCGGAAAACAUCCUGCCGUUGAAAUAUGACACGGGGAAAACACAACAUGACACGGGGAAAACACAACAUGACACGGGGAAAACACAACAUGACACGGGGAAAACACAACAUGACACGGGGAAAACACAACAUGACACGGGGAAAACACAACAUGAUCGUUGAAGAAGAAACGGUUUUGCAUGGAUAAUGGAUCAUGGAUAAUGGAUCAUGGAUAAUGUAUCAUGGAUCAUGGAUAAUGGAUCAUGGAUAAUGUAUCAUGGAUAAUGUAUCAUGGAUAAUUGUUAAUGGAUUAUGGAUAAUGGAUAUGGAUAAUAAUGGAUAAUGUAUCAUGGAUCAUGGAUAAUUGAUAAUGGAUUAUGGAUAAUGGAUUAUGGAUUACAGUGGAACUUGGGUGAGGGUGAGUUGCGUAAUGCACCGGCAUCUGCUGAAGAAAGAGAAAAGGAAUAUGGAAUCUCAGCCCGAACCCAACAACCAUCUGCAGUCAGAGAGAGAGAGAGAGAGAGAUCGACCAACGUUGUCCGCUAGGUGCAGUUGUUGUUCCGACGAUUGCUAGUUACCCGGAGACCUACUGAGUGAUCAGCUAAGCACUUUAUCACAAUAGAAACAAACAACAAACAAAACCCACACAGAAAACAGAGAUUGAACUAAAACACUGGUCUCCUGUUGCCAAGGAGACAUGAUGAGAAGUGGGGGCUGUUUGUAGACCAGAUGACAUCUGUAAAACUGCUGCUACUUUCUAUCCCAGCAGAUGCUGAAACUAAAAACACCUGCUCUAAUCCCACAGGGGUGUGACGAUAACACGAUGAUGAUGAUGCCAUGCGAGAUAAUAAUCUUCAUUAAGAAAAAUAUAUAUAUAAAAAAAAAGCUUGAAAUUAGCAUGUUGAGACACUGUUUUAUAUUACUGGCAUGCGCGACACAUCACAGUAAUGUUGCAUUAUUUGUAUAAUUUAAAACAACAACAACAGCCUGUAUUAUAUUCUCCUCCCAAAACCGGAUCCAAGACGAACCAAUUCACUCUUUUUAUGUGUUUGGGUUUCUCUCUCUCUCUCAUUUAGGUUUCACCAAAAGUGCACUGCUUAUUUAUUAUUUAAGUUAUUACUUAUUUAGGAGCAUUUAAGAGCUGAAUGUUAAAUCUUAAGGGAACAGAAACAUCUUUAUUUAUGUAUUUUUUGGGAAGAUCAUGGCAUGUCAAACUACUGCAUUACGGCCUACCUGACUACGGUACCAUGUAUCCUGGGUGAUUUCAUGCAUGACGUCAGUGUUUCAAUAGCUUGUCGAGGGACCUUGGUGAAUACAGCACGGUGUGACGGAACUACUGUUUAGACUGGACAGGACAGGACAGGACACACCUCAACCAUAUCUUAAACAGAGGAGGAGACAUACCGGGAUACCAACCCCUC